UCAAAUGUCAAUUAUAUUCUCCAUUCAAAUCCACCACGCAGACCUUUCAUGGCGAAUCACUGAAAAGCUGAACCUCCGAAAGCCACAAACUGAAUCCGAAACCUGCUUCAAUGGCUCGAAGAUCUUUCCCAAUCCUCAAGCAGCUCCUCCAGAAAUCAACCGAAAAUCCCCAGUCUUUCUUAUGCCGAUCCGUGACCUACAUGCCCCGACCCGGUGACGGCACGCCGCGGCCCGUAACCCUAAUCCCCGGCGAUGGAGUCGGGCCUCUGGUGACCAACGCCGUUGAGCAGGUGAUGGACGCGAUGCACGCGCCGGUCUACUUCGAGCGCUACGAAGUCCACGGGGAUAUGAAGAGCGUGCCUCCGGAAGUGAUCAAGUCGAUCCAGAAGAACAAGGUGUGUCUCAAAGGCGGCCUCCAUACUCCGGUCGGUGGAGGCGUCAGUUCUCUGAACGUCCAGCUGAGGAAGGAGCUUGAUUUGUUCGCUUCCUUGGUGAAUUGCUUCAACUUGCCAGGGUUGCCGACUCGGCAUGAUAACGUGGAUAUCGUGGUGAUUAGGGAGAAUACUGAAGGAGAGUACUCAGGGCUCGAGCAUGAGGUCGUUCCUGGUGUCGUCGAAAGCCUUAAGGUGAUAACAAAAUUCUGUUCAGAGCGCAUCGCCAAGUAUGCAUUUGAGUAUGCUUAUCUAAACAACAGAAAGACGGUGACAGCCGUGCACAAAGCCAACAUUAUGAAGCUUGCAGAUGGUCUGUUUUUGGAAUCAUGUAGAGAAGUUUCCAAGAAGUAUCCUGGAAUUCAUUACAAUGAAAUUAUUGUGGAUAACUGCUGUAUGCAACUUGUCUCAAAGCCAGAACAAUUUGAUGUAAUGGUGACUCCCAAUCUUUAUGGAAAUCUGAUUGCAAAUACAGCUGCUGGUAUAGCUGGUGGCACGGGAGUUAUGCCUGGCGGCAAUGUUGGGUCUGAUACUGCUGUUUUUGAGCAAGGUGCUUCAGCGGGAAAUGUUGGCAACCCAAACCUGGUUGAGCAGAAAAGAGCAAAUCCAGUGGCACUUCUCCUCUCAUCAGCGAUGAUGCUUAGACAUCUCCAAUUUCCAUCAUUUGCUGAUCGGUUAGAAACUGCAGUGAAACGUGUUAUAGCUGAAGGCAAGUACAGGACAAAGGACCUAGGAGGAGAAAGUACGACCCAAGAAGUCGUGGAUGCAGUUUUAGCUGCGCUUGACUAAUUGUCAUUGCUGCUAGUCUGCAGAAUUCAUUAUUGAGAUCAAGUUCAGAUUCAGCUGGCCAAUUUUUCUGCAUAAUAAGUUUGAUUACACUCUGUUUGCCUUCUCCCAAUGUUUUUAUUUAUUUUUGUUUCCACCAACUACUUACAUAUUCCUUUGGUGUUUUAGAUUAAUAAUUCACAAGAGUUAAGAAUGCUCUGUUAUAAUAUACAUUCUUACAGUUUUGCGAUUUAACUUAUUGUGAAUGUAAUUUACACUCAGGCAAGUGUAAUUCGAGGGAUCUUAUCCUUUUCACAACAAUCUUCUUGAAUUAUAGUACAGCUUUGAUA